AUGACUCGUUAUUGUUUCCUUGGGUUGGUCGUGCUGAACCUUUUGCCUUUGACACAUGCAUUGUCAAAUGACAUUGUGGCCAGGGCCAUAUCAUCAAGCUCAAGUACUUCAACAGUCUCAGUCCCGCCGUCUACUCGGUCUCAUCCAACCAGCUUGCCACAUUCCUCAUACAAUGGAACUGCCACGGUCACUGGCGCACUCACCGCCUCAUCCAUUGGAACAGGCAUACCAUCUGGCAAUGUUUCCUAUACUGCAACGACCUAUCCAAGUGACGGGAACCUUCAAAAUGCCGAGCCAGCACCAUAUGUUCCCGCGGGAGGCGUCGGAACAAACGGGUCAAUCCCGGUCUAUAACGCCAAGAGUGACUUUGACUAUGAAUCCUUGGCCCUUGCAUUGUAUCAAGAGUGGAUUGAACUAGACCUAUUCCAAGAUGGGUUGAGACGCUUUUCAGCAAAAGACUUCAAAGCCGCCGGGCUAUCCUCCAAAGAACGAGAUCUGAUCGCUUUCAUGGCCGAACAAGAAGUCGGCCAUGCAACCCUGAUAAGCAACAUUUUAGGCGCCAACGCGCCACAACAAUGCGCCUACGUCUACCCAUACACGAACGUAUCCGAAUUUAUCGACUUCGCCCAGAAAGUGACCCGAUCCGGCGAGGCUGGUGUUUACGGAUUCCUAGCACAUCUCGACUCUCGUGAAGCAGCAACGCUACUCACCCAGUCGAUAUCAGUCGAGGCGCGCCAGCAAGUAAUAUUCCGCCAGUUCCAGGGCCUUUUCCCCAUGCCGGAAUGGUUCGAGGUCGGAAUCCCGCAAUCAUGGGCCUGGACCCUACUCGCUCCCUAUAUCAGCUGGUGCCCGGAGAAUCAGACUCGACUUGUAUGGGAGAAUUUCCCGGCACUCAAAAUCCUCGAUCAACCUAGCUUGACUGAUCAGCAAAGUGGUCAGAAUACUUCCACGACUCAGAACAAUACUAUCAGUCCAGGCACGAAUGUGGUGAAAGCUUCUCAAGGGAAAAACGCAUCCAGCUCGGCCCGCCAAAACAUUACUACCGAGAAUAUACCUUCGCUCUCAUAUCCGGGUCGCGAGGUCGUAUUGCAUUGGGAUAAUCCUGGUAAAGCUGUUGGGCCUAAUAAUAGCUACGUUACUACUUCCCAGGCAAAGACUGCUCAGUAUGUUGUUUGGGUAUCGCAGCUUAACGUCACUUAUUCGUCGCUGACGAGUGUGAAUGGGACGUGGGGCCAUACCUUCCAGCCGGAUUUGGAGACGUAUCAGGGUGAUCCGGCGGUUAAUGGUACGAUCUUUAUUGCUAUUACUGAUUCUAACCCGGUUUUGAGUCCCUCUAAUCUCAGUUCGAUCAAUCCGCAUAUUGUGGCUGGUCCUGCGAUUUACCAGGCGGGAUGA